AUGAGUGAAAAGACCGGGAACCGCCAAUGGAUUUCGGACCGGCUCGACAAGGACUUCGAGUACGAGACACAGAGAUUUAAAUUGUGCUCUCUUGGGAUCAACGGCACGUAUGUAGCUAUAUUUACUGACGGUGGAGCGAGAUGGUCACUCGAUGAAGAAUAUCCAGACCUCCUCAAGAUCCUAAAACGCAUCAGACAGGGGGAUUUGGUGUUUGCGGCUCUCAACCCAUACCGAGCGAACGAGUUCUUCGUCGCUCUGGCCGACGGCAUCGUACAUAUCCGAGCGAGUGCAUUAGUGGAGAGUCAUGUGCUUGGUAUCCUAGAACAAUAUCCGAAUUUGACAGUUGUCACCAGCGACAUCGUUAAACACAGCCAGCAUUCUUCACAGGGCUUUCCACCAAAAUCCCGGCGCAAGGAGUUCGUAAAGUUCAUCGCCAAGAAUGUAGCCGGAGGAGUCAUAUCUUCAGCGGUAGCAGCGACAUUUUCAUGCACCGUGAUGUGA